UUUUCUCCUUUGCUUCUAGACAGAAAUAUUUCUGAAGACGAAAUAGAUCAAAUACUUCAAGAUGGCAGCGUGAAUGAAGAUGAGGUAGAUAGGUCAGACAAAGAAAUACCACAGAAAUCUAUCGAUGGAGAUCAAUGUCCUCCGAAACCAAUAGACUGCGAAGAGCUUCUUGUGAACUGCGGAUUUACUGAAUCUGGAAUUUAUCGCAUUUGGCCUCGAAGUCGAGUUCAUAGUGAAGGCGAUGCAGGAUUCGACGCAUUUUGCGACAUGGAUACCGACGGAGGCGGCUGGACAGUUAUCCAGAGGAGAGAUGAUUUUGGCACCAAUUCAGAUUUUUUCUUCAAAGACUGGCGAAGCUACAAAUACGGAUUUGGAGAUUUAAAUUAUGAUUUUUGGCUUGGAAAUGAUAAAAUAUUUGCUUUGAGCAAUCAGAGGAAAUCAACACUUAGAUUUGAUCUUCUCGAUUUUGAAGAUGAAGAUGGAUUUGCAGUCUAUGAUAAUUUUUACGUGGACGAUGAAAGUGAAGGAUAUAGAUUACAUUUAGGAGAUUAUCGAGGAAAUAUUGGAGAUUCUUUUAAGGGGCACAACUUGUCAAAAUUUUCUACCAGGGAUAGAGACAAUGACAACAAUUCAUCUCGAAGUUGCGCAAUGGUUUACAAAGGUGGAUGGUGGUACAACAACUGUCACACCGUCAACCUGAAUGGAUUGUACCUAAAGGGGAUUCACGACACCUAUGCAGAUGGAGUAAACUGGCAUGGUUGGAGAGGAUUCAGGUAUUCUCUGCGAAAAACGGAAAUGAAAUUGCGAUCGUCUAAUUUCUUGCGCAGGAACAACUAGGAACAUAUGUUAGCAAUAUGAUCAACAUAAUAAAGAAAUUUCUUUCACAGGG